AUGGAGAAUGACGUAGAGUCGGGAGGAUUCUGCGGCGACCCUGGCGAACCAACCAACAUUUUCAGCCUUCCGCCGGAGCUUUUGCAGAGCAUUUUCUUGCAAAUCCCAGCGCGAGAAUUAGUUCAAAGUGUUUUGUUUUCAACCAAAUUUAUCUGAAGAAACUUUAUUUUCCAGGUGUCUCUCACCUGCCGAGCUUUUGCAGACAUUUUGAGGGACAACAAAUACUGGAUCACGAGAAUCAGGGUACCGUCUGUUCCCAAGGAAUCUAUUAUAAAAGGAAUUUCAGUCGAGUGGAGACCGGGUAGUUCUGGCCUCGAGUGAAAUCGAAGAAGAAGGAUUUUGUCCGUCGUGGAUUUACGAUAGAAUUGCGGCGGAGAAAAAGCGAUGGAAAUGUUGGUUCACUCAAAAAAGGUGAGGGAAAAAUCGUUUUUUGUUUUUCUAAAGGUCGAUAGUUUGAUAUUUUAGUUGAAAUAUGUACAAAGAUCCUUAGAUUUUUCAAAGGAAAAAAUAUAUAUAUCAAUAGAUUAGAUACUUUAGAGGUGAAAUGAGAGCUCAAAAAACAUAUUCGAAUAAUUUUUUUCAAUCGAUUUUCACAUUUUCAUUCUUUGAGGUACGUCGCAAAUGGCCAUGUAUCGACGGUAGACGGUCUGAAGUUGUUCCAAGCGCCUUCUGGAAAAUCUUUUUGUAUAUCGGGUAGCCGAGAUCGUUCGAUUCGCGUCUGGGACAUCGAAAAUGUCAUGGUAGCGCUUAUUAAUCUUGUUCUGGUAGAAUUUGUUCUUUUAAAGAGAGAAGAGGAUUCGGAGACGAAUCGAUGGAGCACCAUCAAUAAGGAAAAUGCACAUUCGGUAGAAAGAAAACUUCGAGAAUCCGGGAUUCGAUUGGAGGGUUCAGGGUUGGAUUUGGAACAUUGCCAUGUGUCCGUCGACAGACGAAGAUUCGUCAUCGACUUCUUUUCUUUCCUGCUCCUGGGACUCUCUCAUCAAAAAAUGGAGCAUCACUGAAUCCUCAAUUACUGUCAGUUUCCCGUUUUUAAGUUCAAGAAGCUCAAAAAUCUCGAAAUGGAUCGCACAAACGUGGCAUAAGCUUCCAGGCUUUUCUGCCUCGAAAAUACUUUCCUGUAAACUUUGCGGUUGUGUUUCGAAGUUUUUAGUGGAAAAAAAAUUUCAGGGAAGACUUUCAUUGUCUAUUUUUAAAGAAAAUUCUGAAGUUCCUCCUGAAAUUAUUUUUUUAUGAAUGGACUUCGUCUUGAUAAUUCAUGAUUGAAACACGUUCUUUUUUCCGGAUGUAGAUAUCAGUUUUGAGGAAGUCUUCCUGAAUCACUGAGUUCAGGAAGUGAGUGCGACGAACGUCGGUUCGGCGGCGCAAUGUGUAGUUCCGACGUCGCCUUGGGAAGCCGUGGGAUCUUCGUUCGCCAGACGCGUCGUCCUUCUCGACACACGUGUCCCCGACCACGUCGUCGGCGAACAUCAGCUCCAUCGCGGUCCUGUCUUUGGUCUCCAGACCAAGGUCUUGUCUUCGUCUCCAGGAUAGACCUCACCUGCAGUUUUCCAGGGUGAUUUCAUCUUCUCAAGUGCGCAAGACAGAACCGUGCAAUUGGUAGACCGGAGGAACAUGCGCGAAUGCGUCCAUUCCGUGGUGAUUUCAUUCAAACUAACUUUAAUACGUAUUCGAAGAGGAUGGAAAAAUCUGAUACGACUGAUGUUUGGUAGAACUCCAAAAAGGAACUAGAUUUAUGGAAACAGUCGUCUGAAAAAUGAUCAACGAGUUAUGAAAACACUCCAAAAAAAGAAUAAUAACUUUCUGAUCGGCCCAGGGAAGCAAAAUGGAUGAAUUUUUAGUCGUGGCAUUACUACUCCCAAUCGCUGUCCUACCACUGCGGGCAGCUCGUUUGCGGCACUUCUUCUGGCCAUGUCAACGUCCUCAACGCCAACGAUCUUUCUCUUCUUUCACAGUUCACGGUCUGUGUUUCAAGAUUUACAUGCUUCAAAUUUUCUUCUGAAUCUGAUGAGAAUUCAGAAAUACCUAAUUUUCAAAAGACUUACGAUACUUUUUCAGUCGUCCGGAAGGCCAGUCAGACAAGUUUUCCGUUCCCCAGGCGCUUACUACACUCUUUCACAAGUCAACCGGUUCAAUUUCAAGGUUUUUUUCUCGACUUUAAUUCAUGACUUAAUCACCAAAAUAAUUUUUUUCAUGAAUUUCGUAUGCAUUUCUAUGUUUUUAGCAUAGAAACAGCUUAAAUUUAUUUUUCUAUACAAAAAAAGCUGUAAUUGCGCAGAAAAGUACGUUUUUUUCACAGUAAUUAAAUAGGCGAAAAUAGCCGAAACCCAAGCGCUUUUUUUAACAAGCUCGGAAGGAAAAUAACGGCAUUUCAGUUUUUAAAAAAAUGCAAUUCUCAUUAGAUUUUUUUCUGAGCUUGAUGUAAAAAUUUUUUUAUUAUCUUUCCAAAAAAAUUAUUUUUUUCUAUUUUUUUCUUUAAGAUAAUAUUUUUUUGCCGCUUCUGUGUUUGUCCAGUUUUUCUUUUUUGAAAAUAGUUUCGAAAUAUAUGCUGAGAUCCCUUUCUCCCAAGAGCUUUUACGUUGUUUGGCCUUUUCUUUCGCCAAAAAAACAUGUAGAAUGUCAGAAAAUUUUCUUUCCUUCUUUUUGGAAACCCAAUUCGACUUCGGACUUUGUUAGCUUUGCUUUGGAACGAUUAUAAAAAAGACGCACUUCCAUUUGUCACGAGCAUUUUUCAAUUUUUUUUUCCUUUCUGCUUUCUUGUUCACUGGCUUCCAACCUCUUGCAAUCCAUCUUUCAUGGAAAGACCAUGUUAAAAAUUUCAAGAAACCUAUUUUUCGCUUUCAGGGUCUCUUCUUAAAGAAAAGACACGGAAUGUCGUAUAAUUAUUGUUUUAAGGUCUAUUCACCUGGCCUUCGACCCAAUCUCAUUUUAUCUUCUGACGAAUUCAACAGCGAACCUGCCAAAUUUGACUACAAGUUAGUUUCCGGUUGAUUUUCUUUGAGUUUCACUCUCAAGUGGAGGACUACUGUAGCUUUGGAAUUUUUGGGUUAUUUGAGGAAUUGGUUCGAACCGAAAAUCCAAAGGUUUCUGAUGAACGAAGGGGUUGAUGAUUUUGCGAUGGUCUUUACUUUUCUUGUCCAGGCGCGGAGACGGCUAUUUUGUCUUCUAGUUAUAUUUUGCAUUCUUCUGAUACGCCAUAUGCAUAUCAUAUGCAAAUAUCUUUUUGUUUUCUGAUUUUUGGUAUUCUUCUCGCUAUUUCUUCCGGUAACGAAGAUGGAUACUUGAAAAAAACUAAUGUGGUAGGGGUUUUUUUUGUACGUGAAAAAUUAAAUUAUUAAUUUCAAUCUAAUUUUUUUAUAUAGCAAUUUUUAUAUAUUUUUAUAAGUUCUAGGACCGACCUUAAAAAAAAAAAAUUGAAAUUUUCGCUUACUCAAUUCUCAUCAUUUUCUGCUUCACGAAGUCGCGUUAAAUGUUUCAUAGUAAACCGAAAAAAAUUUUUUUGUGAAUCAUUGAAAUUCAGCAGUUAGAGAUACCAAUAACUUCACUUUGAAGACGUUUAAUUCUAAAGUUUACACGUUAUAAUUGCCUUCAGCGACAAGAUGCAGAUUUUGGUUAUCGGCAGCGGAGAUUGCACUGUGAAGUUCUAUAUGGAAGGCGAUCCUAACGCCGUUCCAACGGAUCCUGCCGUUGCAAGAGCCUUAUACUUCCGAAAUUUCUAUUAA